AUGGAUGAUGUUUUUGAUACCAGCCUAACCGAUACACAUUCAGAAUUAGAAGUUGCUUCACGUGAUUGGGAACGUCGUGCUGCUGAGGUUCAUAAUGCAGGUGUAAGAGAAGGUUACUUUGCUAGAACUGAUGCUCUCUUACAAGAAAAAUUUGAUACUGGUAUUCAUCAAGGAUUUGGAUUGACGUUUGAAUUAGCAGUUUUACGAGGAAGAUUAUCAGUGAAAGCAUAUUAUUCCGUUGGGGAAAAUAAAUCGAAAAUUGAAAAUGUUAUCCAUUUAAUAAGUGUUAAAGAGCAAGAGUUAAUAUCAUCAGGGUAUCAAGAAAAAGAUUCAGCAUCAUAUCAGGAGCUUGUAAAAGAGGCUGAAAUACUACUUUUAACUUAACAUUUGAGAAUUCGACAUUCUGUUAAAAUUUUGUGCAAAUGUUACAUUUUUUUUUGUUUUUCUUGAUUACUGUUUUCAUACAUGUUCUCCUAUACGACGUGAUCUCUAAAAAUUUUAGGCCUUAAAAAUGUUUGAAUGCUGUCAAUUUUCAUGUGUACAUAUUAUUAGUUUAUUAUUAUUAGUAGUAGCAAAAACGUGUAAAUUGUACAUCAUGAGAAAGGAAUAUCCCGUAGCAAAAUA